GUGUCGUACUGGUUGCCGUCAUACUUACACUUCUUUGUCUUCAAACGUUUCUACCUUUUUCACCUACCUUAACAGUUCGACAAAUGAUUAAACAUAUGAACGUGUUCGUCAUAUUAAGCAAUUCCGAACAAACGACAAAGGGAAGCAAUUUGGAACAAACGACAAGGGGAAAUAAUUUGGAACAAACGACAAGGGGAAGCAAUUUGGAACAAACGACGAGAGCCAAUACCCAUCAACACGAAGACACAACUGCCAGAAGUUCCGUGGCUCUAAACAACAAGGACAAAAUAAUUUUGUGGUACGUUAAAACCAGAUACCAGCCUCCAAUGCCAGGUCUGGUGGCGUUACAACACUGCCCGGAAAUGAAAUGCAGGAUGACCUCUAACCGGAAGUAUUUAAAUCAAAGCUCCGCAGUCGUGUUUGCGGCGCAGCUGAUUCGUGAGAAACACCCCCCACUGAAACAUCCGGGUCAGGUGUGGAUAUUUCACAACCACGAAUCUCCGUUAGAUGGGUGGUCAUCGCUCCCAACCUUCAGACUGCCGCAGUGGAAAGGAAAGUUUAACUGGACGAUGGACUACAGGAACGAAGCAGACAUUCUUUCACCUUACGGAAUUUUGAAAAAACUACCUCAACCGAGAAAGCGAAACUACAGCGAUAUUGUCUCGAAGAAGAAGGGUCUAGUCUCCUGGAUGGUAAGCAACUGUAACACCGAAGGAAAGAGAGAGCUGUAUGUUAAGAAAAUAAAGAAAUACUUCCCGGUGACAGUGCUAGGUGGAUGUGGCGGGAAACGAUGCGGCAGACUCCACGACGACGAGUGUUUGUCGGAAAUCAACAAACACAAGUUUUACCUGGCGUUCGAAAACGGUUUCUGUCCGGACUACAUAACGGAGAAAUUCUAUCGGUUUUAUUCCGUUGAUGUGGUUCCUGUUGUUCGAGGAGGUGGGAACUAUUCUAGAGAUCUUCCUGAAGGAACGUACGUCAACACGGCCGAUUUCAAAUCAGUUGCCGACCUGGCCAAGUAUCUCAAUUAUCUGGACAAAAACGACGAUAAAUAUAUCGAGUAUCUCAGACGUAAAGAUCAAUAUGAGUCUAUAUACGAAGCUUAUAAGAUGAGCAAUAAGAAAGGGAAUCUAUUUUAUGUACACUAUCACUAUGAACAUACGCCAUUCUGUGAUGUGUGCAGAAGACUGUGGAACACUGACAAUUACACAAAAACGUACAGUGAUAUAGGGGCGUGGUUUGAUAGUGGUCGGUGUUAUAAGCCCACUGAUAUACACCAACUCUAACAACGUAGACAUAUAGUAGUUUUAAUA